CAGCAUGAUUUUUCCUAUUUAAUGCUUACAAGCUGUUAUGGUCCUCAUAAGGUACAAUCUUCCAGUAGACGAACAGGAACAAUUUGUUCCAACUGUCACACCGCAACGACCACUCUGUGGCGGCGCAAUAACAAUGGGGAACCCGUUUGUAAUGCCUGUGGACUCUACUUCAAACUACACAGUGUAAGUUGGUGUUUUGGAUAG